CAGCACGAGUCAACUCUUGAUGCAGAAGAUGAUGCUGGUAGUAGCUCUUGUACUGCUGAUGCAAGCAGUGUGCGAGCCCAUCUUGGCGCAGACACCAACAGGUUUAGGGUCUGAGUCUGAACCUGGUAUACUGCAACGUGUUUCAGACAGAUACAGGAAUGGCGUGGUCCGAGUCCAGGGAAUUGGAGGAACUGUUUUGGGAUACGCGGGUGCAUACUACGAAGACCACAUCAAGCCCGUAACUGACCCCUACAUCAACUGGGUCUCAUCCUUCAGCCGGUCUCUCUAUGACCGAGUCCAACAGUUCCGAUCCGACUGAACCGACAGUGGGUCUGACGCAUCGACUCACAUGAGUCUUUUUUCGACCAUUACGCCGUGCAGACAGAGUCACACACGGACUCAUGCAAGUCUCGCAAUGUUACAGACACACAGUGUACAGUAUUCAGCACAUCAGGGUAAUUCAAACUGAUAAAAGAGCCAUCAUGGAAAGGCGGUGGUGAUAUGGGGUUUAACUGAUGUGGCCCAGAACCUCUGUGCUCUUCUAGAUAUCAAGGAUGUGGUCAACUGAUGUGUGGCUUAUGGGAAUAAAUAUAUCAAGAUGC